AUGGCGGAGGCAUCGUUGCUCCAGCACUUGCACGGCGUGGUGCGAACUGGCGGGAGCGGCGCUGCUGCAGCCUUCGAGUGCGCCACGGCCCAGCUGCAUGUUCUAGCAGCCCCCGCGCUGCGGCAUGGCGAUGCCGCCGACCUUGCCGACGAGCUCGUGGACCGCGCGGAGCAGCUGGUUGGCAGCAAGCAGGCUGCCUCCAGGCUGAUGGGCCUGCGGCUGCUGCACGCCAGCCUGGCCGACUGCGACCGCCGCACCUUCCUGCGGCGGCACAGCCAGUGGGCGGCGUUGCUGCUGGCCACCCUGCGCUCUGAGCAGCAGCAGCAGCAGCAGGCGGCGCAGGCCGAGGCGCAGGCGGCAGCCCCUCCUGCCAGCGCUGCUGCGGCAGAGGCCUGCGCCUGCCUGGCCUCCUACUUUGGAAGGGUGGGGAGGAUGCUGGAGGUGCCUGGGCUGCGGCGCGACGGCGCCGCGGCAGCAUCCAAGCUGGCAGCCCUCCUGCUGCACCAGCAGGGCGGCCAGCAGCAGCAGCAGCAGCAGCAGCAGCAGGCCGCGUCGCAGCAGGCGCCCCCGCCGCUGCUGGCGCUGGCUCAGGGCCAGCGGGCGCUGCUCGCUGCGCUGGCCGCGCUGCCCGCCUCCUUCCGGCAGCAGCACAAGGCGCUGGAGGCGGCGCUCCUGCCGCUGCUGCUGCGGGCGGCGCCGCCCGGCGGCGCCGCCCUGCUGGCGGCCUGCGUCGCCGCGCUGCCGCGCAUCCCUGGCGACGCCACCGCCUGGUCCGCUCAGUGCCAGCGCCUGCUGGCCACAGCGCACCGCCUUGCAGACCAGCUGCUGCUGCGGCUGGAUGAUCCGCAGCUGGCGGCGGCGGCCCGGGCGACGGUGGACCCGGCGGCACAGCCGCUGGCGGCGGCGGGCGGCGCGACAGUUGGCGCCGCGGGCGGCGCCGCGGCAGUCGGCAGCGAGGCGUAUGGCGCCGGGUUUGGGCAGCUGGAAGCGGUGCUGCGCACGCUGCGGUGCAUGCUGUCGGGGGCCCACCCCGCCGCCGUGCCGCUGCCCGCGGCGGGCCUCCUGCUGCUGGCGGGCCGGCUGCUGAGCGUGGACGACGGCGACGACGGCGGCGGCGCGGUACCGGCAGCUUCCGCCCGCCUGCCGCAGCUCCGCCUGCACCUCCCCGCGCUGCACGCGGCCGCGCUGCGCCUGCUGCGCCGCCUGCUGGCGGCGGCCGGCGCUGCGGCCGCGCCCCACUUUGCCGGCGCCGCCAGGCUGCUGGCGGAGCUGCUGCAGCGCUCGGCGGCCGCCGGCGGCGGCGCCAUCGCCUCCUCGGCCCUGGCCCGCUGCGAGCUGUACGCGGCUUCCCGGCAGCUUCUCGUGACGGCAGGGGUGGGCGUGACGCGCCACCUGGCGCCAGCGCUGCUCCAGGCAGCCAGCUUCGAGCUGUAUGGGCGGCUGCAGGCGGCGCAGGAUGGCGCGGCGGCGGCAGACGCAGAGGGCCCCGCCCGCAAGAAGGCACGCAAGGGUCGGCAGGCGGCGGCGGCGGCGGCGGCUCUGGAGGAUGCCGGCGCGGCUUCGGGCACGGCCCCGCUGGAUGACCUGGGCUCCGCGGUACAGCAGCGGGACCUGGCGGUACAGGCAGCCGCCCUGCAGGCACUGGAGGCGCUGUGCGGCGCGGGCGGCGCGCUGCUGUCGCCGGCGCAGCGGCGGCAGCUGGAUGACGCGGCGUGCCACCUGGCCGCCACCUCAGCGGCGGCCGCGCGCCACCUCAGCGCCGACGCCGAGGCUGCGGUCGGCCCCGCGCUGGCCGCCCUGCACCUCGCUGCCCUGCGCCUGCUGCUGGCCACAGUGCUGGCGCCCGCGCCGCACCGCCCGCCCCACCUGGCGCCCGCGCUGCGCCUCUUCCACCAAGGAUGCGGCGGCGGCGGCUGCGGCUGCGGCGGCCCGCUGGCGGUGUUCUGCCGGCAGGCCCUGCUGUCAUGCGAAGCGCUGCUGCACCCGCGCGCGCUGCCGCCGCCGGCCCCGCCACGCCCCGCGGCCCCGGCCGACGCGGCGGGCGGCGGCGGGGAGGCGCCGCCGCUGGGCAUGCCCCGCUUCUGGAGCGGCGUGGAUGCGGCGCUGCUCCUGCAGCAGGAUGCCUUGCAGCGGCAGCAGCAGCAGCAGCAGCAGGUAGAGCAGCAGCUACAGCAGCAGGUAGAGCAGCAGGAAGAGCAGGCGGAGCGGCAGCAGGCGGAAGCUGCUCCUCCUCCUGGUCAUAUCGGCGGCCCGGCCGGCGGCGCAGACGAGAGCAUGGCAGAGGCAGGGGAGCGGCAGCAGCAGCAGCAGCAGCUGCAGCAGCCUGGCGGGCAGCCAGGAGGGGAGUCGGGCCUCCAAGCCGCCACACCUGCGCUGCAGCAGUUGCAGCACGUCGUGGCGGCAGCGCCCACCCAGCAGCAGCAGCUCCAGCAUCCGGCUGCGGCUCCCGUCUCAAGUAUGGCAGCCAUGCUCUCGGCGGCGCCGCUGGCGCCGGCCCCGCUCGCCAACGCCGGCCCAGUGCCGCACCCGCCGCAGCCCCAGCCCCAGCCGCAGCCGGGCGCCUUUGCACCUUCCGCAGCGCCGCUGGCACCGGCCGCCCCAGCCGCGGCGGCCGCGGCCGCGGUGGUCGCUGCUGCCGCGGCAGCAGAGGUGACUGACAGCGAGGGGUCGCUGCCCGAGAUCGACUCUGGGCAGAGCGAGAGCGACGGCGAGGCCAGCACUUGA